GGGGAGCAAAACACAAUUUCAACCCCCCAGAGUCGAUCAGAACUCGUGGGUGCGCGUAUUAGAAGACAGUGUUUGUACGGUAAAUGACGGGAAGCUGGGCCCUAAACGCGUUGCGUCCGAUCCAAAUUUCCCCACUGGCCCUUUUGCCUGAACCCAUUCAACAGUUGAGACAUUCAUGAAUUAUUUCGGUUUAAUUAGUGCAGUGAGUGUUGCGGAGUGUUUUGCGCCGUCCCAGGGUGGUUAUGUGCCCUUAUAGAGUCAGCGCCACUAUUAGGGGCUUUUGGGGCCAUUGACGGACAUGCGACCUUACUGGGGGCCCUUUUGGGGGCUGCUCUGUUUCCUGCUGGCGCCCGGACUGGCCAAGGAUCAGGACGAGAUCCAGAAAUUGCAAUUUGAAGCUGCUUUUCAAGGCCGUUGCGGACAUGGCAGUCCAUGCGAGCAGAUUUGCUUCGAAUUGCACGACGGCAUGUACGAGUGCGAUUGCCGGGAUGGAUUUCUUCUAAGAGCGGAUGGCUACAGUUGUGAAGAACUGAACUCUUCACUAUCGACCCAGUCAACCGAAGACCUAAAACUGGACCUAAUCUACAUAAAAGAAGUGGAAAUUGAUGCAGAGGAAAUUCCAUUUGCGAAUGCCAGCGCCGAUUCGAACGAUAUUCCCCAAAGCUACACGAACUGGAGCAUGCCAGCUGCAGCUUCAGAAAUCACGAAUUAUACAACAGUGGGCCCGCGAUUGGAACAGAAAUUCACUUCGGCCAGUUCGAGUCUGCUAAAAUCGACUUUGCCAAUUUCCACAGUGCGGCCCUGCGUCUUGGAUUGUGGUCCAGGGGGCGGCUGUCAUGCUGAGACUGAUGAGGAACCCAACAAGUGCCUUUGCCCUUUAGGCAGGGGCGGCGAUCAAUGCGAACGGGAUAUGGAAAUACAAUCUCCCCGUUUCACUGGAUCGAGCUGGUUGGCGUUUCCAGCCCUAAGGGGCGCAUAUAAACAUGUUCAACUCAGUUUGGAACUUCGGCCGGAGGCGUACGAUGGGAUUUUUUUCCUGACUGGAGAACGGGACGAUAUGGCGGGGGAUUUCAUGGCCCUCCUCCUCCAUCAGGGCUUCGUCGAGUUUCGAUUUGAUUGCGGUUCGGGCAUUGGAGUGGUUCGCUCGGAUGAGACGGUCCUUCUGAACCAAUGGAACCACAUCAAACUGUACAGACAUCGAUGGGACGCUUGGUUGCAACUGAAUAAUGGAAAACACAUACAAGGAAGAAGCAAAGGCCUAUUUUCAAGAAUAACCUUUAGGGAGCCGCUGUUCAUUGGUGGGCCGGGCAAUACGACCGGGCUGGAUGAAAAACUGCCGGUAUCAAAGGGCCUAAAGGGCUGCAUACGACACUUGGAGGUGAACGAUCACGUCUACAAGUUUGCGUUGGAUCCGAAUGGGGAAGCGAUCAAAGGCUAUGGAAUUGAGGAAUGUACAGCGGACCGAUGCAGUCGAGUGCCGUGCCAGCACGGGGGGAAAUGCCUGACAAGUGAAACUUCGGCUGUUUGCUUGUGCCCCUUGGGGUUUUCAGGAGACUUGUGUGAAAUUCGCGUGGAUUUGCAG